AUGGCACCAAAUUCUGCUGCGGGCGACCACGCACGAAAGAGGAACAGGACUUGGUUCACUCUCGCCUUUGGAUGGCUCUUCCUCCUCGCCGUUCUCGAGCUCGGCUUUACCGUCGACACGUUCCAAUACCUCCAGCGCAAACAUCGAUGGCAAUCUAAAACUCAACGCCAGCGCAUCUCUUUUCUAUUGUUCUCCUCCAUUCGCUCCGUCCUCCUCGCAGCCGUCUAUCUAGGCUCGUACUGGGCCAACAAAUGGUUCAAAUCUCUCCAUCACACCAUCUUCCUCGUCCUCAACACCAUCUUCUGGAUCGUUGGUGGUGUUCUCGUCAAACAGACACUCGGUGUGAUUGAGUGUGGAGGCGUGGGCAAUCCAAAGGACGGACUGAGCGAGUGUCACGAGUUGAAGAUUAUCGAGAUUCUGGCGUGGAUAAUCGCCGCAUCUAGUAUUCUCAUCACUAUCCCCGUCGUCAUGAGCGCCAUGAAGCGUUCAAAGAGGAAAGCUGAAAAGGGCCAGACGGCUCCUCAGCGCAAGGGAUGGUUAGGCAAGUUUGCGUUUAAGAAAGGUGGACAGCAACAUCAUACAAACGAGAAACAUACGGGUAAUCAAGCUGUAUAA